AUGGAUAUCGCUUGUCUCAGAAGCAUUAUAAGAGCACACAAUCACGAAUUGCUUGAAUAUGUUUUAGAUAGAGAGAUAUUCGAGCUUGAUGAUUUAUUUGGCAAGGAUUGGAAAUCGGCAAAAGAAGUGAAUUUUAUGGGAGAUGCAAAUUAUAAACCUGUAUACAAAGAUAUCAUCAGAUAUCAAAACCUUAAUGCUGUAUUUCUACUAUUGAAAAGAAAUAAAUAUUACAUCUUUCCAUGGGGUGCUGCAUUUCCGCAAACAAUUGAUAUUUUCAAAAACAAUACAUUUUCUAACAAACAAAAUCACACUGGUAGUGGAAUUAUUCAUUUUACAUGUAAAUCGAAAAAUUCUGAUAUUUGCAGAUUAUUACUUGAGUCAUACAAUCAAAUUAUAGUCAACAAUAAACACGGUAUGGAUAUCAAUGAAAAAGAUAAAAAUGGACAAACUGCCCUUCAUAUUGCAGCACGUAAUAAUAGUAAAGAAACAACUGAACUUCUUAUUUCACAUGGUAUAAAUAUCAAUGAAAAGGAUAAUGAUGGACGAACCGCUCUUCAUAUUGCAGCACGUAAUAAUAGUAAAGAAACAACCGAGCUUCUUAUUUCACAUGGUAUAAAUAUCAAUGAAACAGAUAAAUAUGGACAAACUGCCCUUCAUAUUGCAGCAAUUUUUCAUAGUAAAGAAAUAACAGAACUUCUUAUUUCACAUGGUAUAAAUAUCAAUGAAACAGAUAAAUAUGGACAAACUGCCCUUCAUAUUGCAGCAAUUUUUCAUAGUAAAGAAAUAACAGAACUUCUUAUUUUACAUGGUAUAAAUAUCAAUGAAACAGAUAAAAAUGGUGAAACUGCCCUUCAUAUUGCAGCACAAUAUAAUAGUAAAGAAACAGCCGAACUUCUUAUUUCACAUGGUAUAAAUAUAAAUGAAAAAGAUAAAAAUGGACAAACCGCACUUUAUUAUUCAAUGCAAUUUAAUUGUAAAGAAAUAACAGAACUUCUUAUUUCGCACGGUGCAAACACCAAUGAAAUAAGAAAAUUCUAUUAA